UCCCGCCCUCCCUCCGGAGACACGAGCCGAACUGGGCGUCAGGUCGGGGAGCCGGUCGGGUUCCCGCUCGCCGCCGCCGCCGCCGCCCCCUCCGCAGCGACUCUCCCGCCUCUCCAGUCGCGCUGGUCGCGGGAGCUGCAUCGACAACUCUGCUCGGCUGUGGAGCCGCCGGCCCGAGAGUACAGUGCCCGGGACGCGACACACCGAGCCCCUCAUCAUCUCCAGUCGGGGCGACCCCUCCCGGGUCCGUCCUCGCCCUACGCGGCCGCCGGAGCCCCCGGCCCCGAGCGGCCCCGCGGCCCGGCGCCCGCAGCUCGGCCCCAGCACUCCCGCUGUCGCCGCCCCCCACCCUGAACAUGGACUCCGACUCCUGCGCCGCCGCUUUCCACCCGGAGGAGUACUCCCCCAGUUCCAAGAGGCGCAGGACCGUGGAGGAUUUCAACAAGUUCUGCACCUUUGUCUUGGCCUACGCAGGCUACAUCCCUUAUCCAAAGGAGGAACUCCCUUUGAGGAGCAGCCCCAGCCCUGCAAAUAGCACUGCUGGUACCAUUGACAGUGAUGGCUGGGAGGCUGGUUUCAGCGACAUCUCGUCCACCGUGCCCUUGCCAGUCUCUGACCGCUGCUUUGGCCACCUGCAGCCCACCCUCCUGCAGCGAGCCAAGCCCAGUAAUUUCCUGCUGGACAGAAAGAAGACCGACAAGCUGAAGAAGAAGAAGAAGAGGAAGCGAAGGGACAGUGACGUGCCCGGGAAGGAGGGCUACAUGGGGGGUUUGCUGCAGCUGGAAGCCGCCGACCCAUAUGCAGAGACCCCCACGAGCCCUACCCUGCAGGAUAUCCCCCAGGCCCCCGGCGACCCUUGUUCGGGCUGGGACUCCGACACUCCUUCCAGUGGGUCUUGUGCCACGGUGUCACCGGAUCAGGUCAAAGAGAUAAAAACUGAAGGCAAACGGACUAUCGUCCGGCAGGGCAAGCAGGUGGUGUUCCGGGACGAGGACAGCACUGGCAACGAUGAGGACAUCAUGGUGGAUUCAGACGACGACUCCUGGGACCUCGUCACCUGCUUCUGCAUGAAGCCAUUUGCUGGCCGCCCCAUGAUAGAGUGUAAUGAGUGCCAUACCUGGAUUCACCUGUCCUGUGCGAAAAUCCGGAAGUCCAACGUUCCGGAAGUGUUUGUCUGCCAAAAGUGCCGGGACUCCAAGUUUGACAUCCGCCGUUCCAACCGGUCCCGAAUGGGCUCCCGGAAGCUGUUUCUGGACUGACUGCUGGAGAGCAAGCAGACUGUGGGCGAGGAAUCGGAAGGGACGAUGGGCCUGCUGGCCCUGGUCUUAGUUGAGCACAGAACUCUCAGCUCUGGUGCGGGCAGACCCCUGCCAUUCAGGUGCCUAAGCGAAAGGACCAGCUGUCCAAGGUAUAAACUGUACAUAGCCAGUGACUGAAUAAAAUCCUCGUUGGCCAAAGCUGCUGCUAGAGCUGUGUUCUCUGCAGUGGAGGUGGACUACACACCCAAGCGCAGUGGGUUUGGUCCAGCUGAAGAUGAGGGUACGUGGUAGUUGUGAAUUCUUACUCUCAUUGUUAACAAACUCCCGCCAAUUGGAACAAGUGCUAGCUGUUACUCCUGCUUCCGCUGUGUUGGCGAGAGGAGAUGUUCAGUUUCCCCGGCCUGUUUAUGAACAGCCAUACCUGUAAGCUUCUUCUCGAGUGUAAGUCUUUUAUCAUAGGCGUCUGUAUAGCAACCAUCAAAGCUGCCCCUCCCUUAGUGGUCCGCCCUCUCCCCUGCCUUGGGGGCUGCCCGCUGGAGUCCUCUGGUCUCACCCUGAGAGGAGCCUGGGGGUGGGCUAGCUAGUGACCCCCAGGUUUCCUUCUGUUUGUUAAAAGGGACAGUAUGCAGCUGCUUCUCUGCGGAAAGGGGGGUCGGUUCGGGGGGCGCUCAAGGUGGCCCGUGUUCAUAACUCAGUUUCCUGUCUUGCACGAUGUAAAAAACCUGUCUUUUUGCAUGGAAUAGCCAAAAGCAUUGGUAUGCUUCUGCCUGGGCUCCCUUUCGCUCCAGUUGGCUUCUGAGGGCCUUGGGGGUGCCCAGCAAGCUGUUUUCAAGCGAGGGGGCACUCGGAUUCUCUCCUUGUCUCUCUCCCUCACUUUUUUCUAGUAGCAGCAUUAAAGGUUAGGCAGUCACUGGGGAACCAUGUUCCUCUACAUAGAGGGGUAAGGGAAAAUUGGGAGGAAGGCCUCUCCCACGGGUUUUUCUUAGUAUGCCCCUCAUACAGGCUGGCCUGUUGGUUGCAUGGGGCAAGGUUAGGACUUCGAAGCCUUUCUUUUGGUUUGAAGUGGUGAGUGAGUGAUAUGGUAACAUCAGUCUCCAGGAAUGUACCACUGAACUGUGCAGAGUUCCUUAGGUCUAAACUAGGACCCUGGACUGGGGAGACCCCUGUGCAGGCCAGCUCUGGAGAAGCCUGGGAGUUUGGAGCCCCUGCAGGCCUUUGCUUGAGGGCAGUGUGGUCCGGGACACUGGUGGUUCUAGGGCUCGAGGGAGAGGGAGGGCUUCAGCUUUCUCUGAAGUUGACAUUGCUCUUUAGCAGUUCAAAUACUUGUUCUCAAAAAUGUUUUUUUUUGUUAAAAAAAAAAAGUUUUUUUAUAAAUCGAUCGGUAUGUUUUCAUAAACAUCGUUUCCUAUAAAGCGUGAAAAGGGAAGGAUGCCCAAGUCAGUCAUAUUUAUUUACAUCUAGAUGGACUCUCAAAAAAAAAAAAAGAAAAAAAAAAAAAGA